AUGGCACCGGUUCACAGAGUAGCAGUUAUACAAAUGUGGCCCAAGCCUAUGGCCAUGGACCGCAACCACCAAGUCGCCAUAAACUUCAUCCGCUCGGCAGCCCAACAAGGCGCAACUCUAGCAGUACUCCCCGAAUACCACCUCCUAAACUGGCUCCCACACGACAAGAACUUCAAAGAAGCCUGCUCACACUGGGAGAAGUACCUCAACAACUACAUCGCCCUAGCCAAAGAAUGCAACAUCAACAUCGUUCCAGGAACCAUCGUCGAACUCCACAAGGCCGGAACUCCAGAGGAAGUCCUCUUGAAUGUCGCUUACUUUAUAACCGCCACGGGGGAUAUAGCAGGCAAAUAUGUUAAAAAGAACCUCUGGGGUGAUAUUGAACGGCUACAUCUUACUUCAUCCUCUUCAGACCCACAUCCUGUCUUCGACACGCCAUUAGGCAAGGUCGGAUUGUUGAUAUGUUGGGAUCUAGCUUUUCCAGAGGCAUUCCGAGAGAUGAUAGCCCAGGGCUGCAAAUUAUUCAUCAYCCCAACCUUUUGGACCCUCUCUGAUUGCUCGCCCAAAGGUCUCGCAAUCAAUCCUUCAAGCGAAGCGCUGUUUCUGGAUAGUAUGCUCACGGCGAGGGCCUUUGAGAAUACCUGCGCUAUUGUCUUCGCAAAUGCAGGUGGUCCCCCGGGGAAAGGAUAUGCCGGCCUCUCGCAAGUCUGCGUUCCAUAUGCAGGCGCCCUAACACGACUGGGGAGCUGUGCGGAGGGAAUGGCGGUGGUGGACGUCGACAUGCAGAUUCUGGAAGAUGCCGAGGAGAAUUAUGCCGUAAGAUCAGAUCUGGCAAGAAGUGAUUGGCAUUAUGAAUAUAGGCAUAGUAUUGAUAAGAAGGAGGGAUCGAAAUUGUAG